CUAACCAUGGUUCUGGGCUCCACCCCGGCAGACAGGAGUCAGGAGGGCUCCACCCCGGCAGAUGGGAGGUCUCUGCCUUGGAGUCAGUGGCCAGCUGUGUGCGAGAGCCAUAUUUUGGGAAGAGUCUGCAGGAGACAGACUUAAAACUGCGUACAAGCCAGGAGGCUGAAUGCUGUUUAAUUUGCUUGAUGGUGGAUACCCCUGCGUGGGAAGCAUUUUUGUUUAUGGAACUUUUUUUCUUUUAAAUAAAAUUGGGCAAAAAAGCCCUUAAAGAAGCGAGUUGCUGUGUGCUUUAACAAGAAAAGCUCUACCAUUUUGAAGCGAGUUCCCACAAUAUAUAUAUAU